AUGGUUAAACUGGGGAAUAAUUUCAGCGAGAAAAAUAACGGGAAGGUGGUUUCUGAAGACGGAUUUGACACCAUCCCUCUCAUCACACCGUUAGAUGCCAGUCAGCUGCAGUUCCCUCCACCAGACAAGGUGGUGGUGAAGACAAAGGCAGACUACGAUGGUGAGAGCAAGAAGGGAAAGCUACGAUCUCCUAAAAUUGCAGAGUUCUCAAUAAGCAUCAUUGAAGGCGUAUCUGAGCGACUCAAAGUGACUUUGCUGGUGAUCUGUGCUCUGGCCUUCCUGGUGUGUGUGGUGUUCCUGGUCGUCUAUAAAGUCUACCAGUAUGAGCAGCCCUGCCCCGACAGCUUUGUUUACACGCAAGGUCGCUGCAUGCCGGCUGGGAUGUAUGGCAACUACCCCCCUCAGGGACCUGGGGGCCGCGGGCGCCUCUUUACCCUCAUCAACCACUACAACAUAGCGAAGCAGACCAUCACUCGGUCAGUAUCACCAUGGAUGACCAUCAUGUCUGAGGAGAAGGUCACCCAGCAGGAGACGGAGACCGCCCAGAAGCUGGCUUAA